CUAGAAUUCCCAAAAGCCAGCACGAGAUAUUGGGCGCUCUGUGAGCGCGAGAGGACGGUGGUGGGGUGGAAGAGGGAGCGGGGCGGCAAAGAGGACUGCUGGUGGGAGGUAGAAGGAAGGAAGGAGGCGAAGGGAAAAGUGGUGGGUAAACGAGCGGGAGCAGGCACUGACCACAGACAGAUUGGGGGAAAUCUCACUGCGUGACGAGGUUUCGUGCGCGCGCGUGCGUGCGCUUCGCAUGUAUGUAUAUUGACCCUGUCGUACUGUGGUGAAACAGUCGCAUCACAGUCGCAUCACACUGGUAGAGAGAGUUUGGUCACAGUCGCAUCAAACAACACUGAUAGAGAGAGUUUGGUUGGAGAGGAAGAAGGGUGGAGGUAGGAGAGUAGAGUAGUGGGAAAGCCAGAAGGAACUGAGGUUGGUAGGAGAGAAGAGACUUGAUCUUCUUCUCACUCGUAUUCGCGCGACAGAUCCGAGCGAGCGCGCGCGCGCGCGCGCGGCGUGGAAGGCCGUCCACGGGCGCUGCAAUCGUGCGUCUGCGCGCGCUCUCCCCCCCCYCCCCCGCCCCGAUACACACAGAGACACACACACACACACACACACACACACAGAGAGAGAGAGAGAGAGAGAGAGAGAGAGAGAGAGAGAGAGAGAGAGAGAGAGAGAGAGAGAGAGAGAGAGAGAGAGAGAGAGUAAUCGGCAGCCAUGGUUGCGCAUCCACUAAUCUACAGUUUUGUUGCCCGGGGGACCACUGUCCUAGCGGAAUUCACGGCAUACACUGGAAACUUCAGUCAACUAGCCGUACAAUGUCUGGAGAAACUUCCGCCGAACAACAACAAAUUCACCUAUUCAUGCGAUCGCCAUACAUUCAAUUUCCUGGUUGAGGAUGGGUUCGCUUAUCUGGUGGUUGCAGAUGAAGAGACGGGGCGGCAAAUUCCAUUCGCUUUUCUAGAGCGAGUGAAGGAAGAUUUCAUGAGGAAAUAUGGUGGACCUAGUGGGAAAGGGCAGACGGCUAUUGCCCAUAGUCUGGACAGGGAGUUUGGCCCCAAGCUGAGGGAUCACAUGCAGUACUGCGUUGAUCACCCAGAGGACCUGAACAAGGUAUCGAAGGUGAAGGCACAAGUGGCAGAGGUGAAAAACAUUAUGAUGGACAAUAUUGAGAAGGUGCUUGAUCGUGGAGAAAAGAUCGAUCUCCUUGUUGAUAAGGCAGAUAACCUAAGAAACCAGGCUGAACACUUCAAUAAACAAGGACAAGUGCUGCGUAGAAGGAUGUGGCUGCAGAACAUGAAGAUGAAACUGAUCGUCUUGGCGAUCGUUAUCGCAAUCAUCCUCAUCAUCUGGGUUGCUGCCUGCAAGGGUUUCAAGUGUCAUUGAGAGUGCCGGAACGUCUUUCUUGUUGCCUGCCUUAUACCAGAGUUUAUGUCUUGGAUCUCAAGUAGUAGUUGCACUUGGGAGUCCGGUGUGGUAUAGGAGGAGCAGGAGGAAGGGAGCGGGCGGGGUGGUCGGAGGGUGGGCGGAAAGUGUGUGAGAGGGUGUAGGGGAGGAGGGAUGUUAUAGCAGAGAGAGUGUUGUUGCUGUUAUGGGUUUUCUAUCUCUGUCAAUUGAUGCUACCCGUGGUCUUAAGAACACACCACUACGGCAUUUACCGUUGUGGGUUUUGUAAAUCUAUUUGUUGAAGUAGAGGCUGCAGAGUUUGCAGGGUUGCGUUGUUUUGGUUUGCUGGGCUUUCUCAUCGGCUCCUCCUUCGCCGGCUUCUCCGUUUGGUCAGCGAUGUGGUAUCCAUCCCUUGCCACCAAGGGAUGUUGCUAGGUAAGCGACGUAUUACGUUGUGUGGAUGGUGGGUGGAGCAGUGACCGGCCGUGCCAAGGCGUGGACUCCUGCUUUGUUGUGUAGCAUAAGGAAAAUGGGGUGGGUAUGGUGAGAGGAGGUUGUUCAGCUGUGUGUUUCACCCCUCGUCUGACUCUUCUUUCAGAUCUUGGAGUUGUUUCAUGCGGUGUCUGGUCUGGCCUCCCGUGAAGUGACGUUUAGACUGCGGUGAUGACGAUCGCGCUGUGAUGACGAUCGCGCUGUGAUGGCGAUCGCGCUGUGAUGACGAUCGAUUUGUGGGUGUUAUGUAAUUGAUGCCGAGCUGGGUGGCGGAGUGAGGAGUGCCACCUCUGGGCAGCAAAAAUGCGGAUGAUGGGUUUAUGCACGUGUUCAUGCGGCCCUUGUGCUGGGAGGGAUAGUAGCUCUUAUGUUGAUUGAAAUGCGAAGGCUGGACAGAGAGAGGGAGAGGGAAGGAGGCAGCUAAAAGACUUCUUGCAGUCAGGGGAAUAAAGAGGAUGAGAGUCUAGUGUCGAUGUAGUGCUGUUGUUUUGUUGAAAGAAAGUUAAGAAACCAUAAUUGGAGAAAAAGGCGUGUGCGUGCGUUUUCGCAUGUGAGAGGUUGUGAAAGAGGGCGCGGUGAACUGGUAGUCAUGGCGACGGCCAUCGUGAUGGUGGUGGCAGUGCUGAGGAACAAAUGGCAGCUUCAGAGCCAGACCUUGUUGAGGAGAUGAUUUUAGAACGUGAGAGAUUUUUGGUUGCCUAAUUUGGUAGCUUUAGCCUCUGUACAGUUGCAACCCCUGCCAACAGGGGGGGGGGGGGGGGGGGGGGGGGGGAGAAGGGGGUUUGUGCAGGGGCAGUGGGAGAAGAAGGUGGUUGUGGGCUUUUGUUGCCCUUGGCUAUGCGCUGUUGUUCUGCUAUGCUCAACAGCUCCCUGUUCCAACUUUGGAGUGAGGCGAGUCUUGGCUGUUGCCUGUUUUUUAAUUACUCUUCAGGACACUGUAUCUUCCAGCUCA